AUGCCUGCUGCCAUGGCGGAUCUAGCCAAGAUUUGGGGCUGGAACGCCAGUGUUCCCAGUUCCAAUGCUUCUACCGUUCACGAGAUCUUCUCCAAGACGGCUCACGCCAAACCUGAUGAACUUGCCAUCUGCGCACAUGACGGCAAUUGGACCUAUAACGAACUUGACCAAAAGUCUACAGAGUUGGCGCAAUAUCUGGUUGCAAAUGGCAUUGGCAAGGGCCAAAUUGUUCCGAUUUGUUUCGAAAAGUCCAAGCAGACCGCGGUAGCCGCUUUUGCGGUCAUGAAAUGCGGCGCUGCAUCGGUUUUACUGGAUCCCAGCCAACCACAAGAGCGCUUGCAAUCUAUCGCACGCCAAACAUCCGCUUCCGUUAUCAUUUGCUCGCAAUUGCAGGCGCCGCUGGCGGCCAAAAUUGUUUCCUGCGAGGCACAUGUAAUACUCAGCGACGACGCCCUCGUUGCCCUCUGCUCGCCAUACCGUGCGACGCAGCUGCCAAAAGUGUCUCCUGCCGACCGACUAUAUGUCAUCUUUACCUCUGGUAGCACUGGUACGCCUAAAGGCGCUAUAAUUACCCAUUCCAACUACGCUAGCGCCAUCCUCCACCAACGAGACGCACACGGGUUUACGUCAAGCUCCCGCGUCUACGACUUUUCCUCAUAUGCAUUCGACGUUAGUUGGUCGAACUUGAUACACACUCUCACUAUAGGAGCCUGCCUCCUUAUCCCCUCGGAUGCCGAGCGCAGCAACGACCUCGCUGGGUCAAUUAUUCGUCGCGGAGCUACACAUGUCGACAUUACACCUUCAGUUGCCCGGAUAUUGCCGGACCAAGUGCUGGAGCAAAUUGAUGUUUUAGUGCUCGGUGGAGAGAAGCUGAGCACAGAACACGGGCAGCGUUGGUCUAAACUCGUCAAACAACUGAAGAACCCGUACGGACCCAGCGAAUGCACGCCAACUGCAACAAUCAUCACUGUCGACCCGAGCGCAGAGUACAGUGGAGCCAUCGGUCGAGGCUUGGGCCUUAACACUUGGAUUGUCAGCGCCGAAGAUGAAGACAAUUUGGUCCCCGUUGGCGAGGUUGGCGAGCUGCUUCUUGAAGGGCCGCUCGUUGGAGAGGGAUACCUGGACGCCACAAAGAAUACCGAUGCGUUUGUGAUUGACCCAGCAUUCUUGGUCAAUGGCGUACCGGGUACCGCUUCUUCCGGUCGUCACGGGCGCCUCUACAAAACAGGCGACUUGGUGCGAUAUGACCAAGAAACGGGAGACAUAAUAUUCAUCGGGAGAAAAGAUACGCAAGUCAAGAUCAACGGCCAGCGAGUCGAGCUUGGUGAUGUUGAGCAUCACAUUCGCCAAGCCAUUCCGGCCGAUUCCGUCGAAGACAUUGUCGCGGAAAUGGUUCAGCCCAGCAACAGCGAGACGAAACUCCUUGUUGCCUUUUUCGCCAUGCACCGGAAAAGCACCGACGAGAACCACUCGGCAGAUCUUACCCAACGUCUGGCCGGAAUUACAGAAGGGCUCGAGGAUCGCCUGCGUGCGUCCGUGCCGGCGUACAUGAUCCCGGCACUCUACAUACCUCUAGCCGAGUUUCCUCUCUCUGCGACUGGAAAGACUGAUAGAAGAAAGCUCCAUUCCCUUGUUAAAUCAGUGGAUCUGGCUGCUGCGACCGGGGCGGCGAGCUCCUUGGGGGCCAGGCGUCUACCCACCACACCGAACCAAGCCAAGCUACUCGAGCUAUGGUCUUCCGUCCUCGGGAUCAGUGAGAUAGAGCUUAGCAUCGAUGAUUCUUUUGUACGACUCGGCGGAGACUCAAUUGCUGCCAUGAAGCUGGUUGCUGCGGCGCGGGACUGUGGCCUCCACGUGACAGUCUCCGACAUUUUCUUCCAUCCAAACCUAGAGCAAAUGGCAAAAGUUUUGACCAAUGCUUCUACUUCAGGUGACGAAGCCGUCUACAGCCUUUCAUCACUAUUCCGACCUGAUACGAACCCGAAAUAUGCUUUCAGUGAGGCCGCUACCUUGUGUCGCGUCGCUGCCUCCGAUAUCGAAGAAAUUCUUCCCUGCACCCCGCUGCAGGAGGGCCUCAUGUCGCUGUCUACAAAGCGAGAAGGUGACUACGUUGUUCGCUACGACCUAAAGCUGCAACCAACCGUCGAUCUGCCUCGAUUAUGUAGGGCCUGGGCCACCGUACUCUCCACCACUCCCAUUCUUCGUACACGAAUCGUCAAUCUUGACAGCGAGGGUCUUGUGCAAGUUGUAUUGCGCCAUCACGAUGAAGGCUCGAACCUCUCGUGUGAGAAUAUUCCUACCCUUGAGAGAUUGACCCAGGAGCAUGGGCAGUUUGGCUUAGCAGCAAGCCUGGGGAGGUUUGACCUCGCCACGGGCGAAGGAGACAAGGCGGGAGUAUACUUUGUCUGGCAAAUGCAUCACGCAAUCUACGAUGGCUGGUCGGUCAACCUUAUGAUUGAGCGCCUGCAACAAGCAUAUCUGUCCGACAACGGCCAAGACACACAAAUCUCCAGCUUCCACCCGUUCAUGCAAUAUAUGAAGAAUGGCAACGCAGAUAAAGCUGCCGAUUUCUGGAGGCAGCAGUCUGCGGGUGUUGAGGGGCAGACCUUUCCGCCACUCCCUGAGCCAGGUUACGAACCCAGAGCUAACAGUUUGUACGAGUUAACCAUUGACAACUUGGUAUGGCCCAUCGCAGGAGGUACCGCACCAUCUGCACUGCGCGCAGCUUUGGGCCUACUUUUGAGUUUCUACACAGAUUCUCCAGAUGCCACAUUCGGCGCCGUCACGUCCGGUCGACAAGCCCCUGUGCCUCAUAUCGAGAGUCUCGUGGCGCCUACCAUCGCAACGGUUCCUAUCCGCGUCUCUGUAAAGCAAAACCAGGACAUCCAAGGUCUCCUGGCUGCUGUUCAGACACAGUCGCUGCAGAUGAUUGCGUUCGAACAAGACGGCCUUCACAACAUCCGGCGUCUCAGCUCCGAUGCCGCGCGCCUUUGCAGUUUUCAGACUCUCCUCGUAGUGCAGCCCGCAGAAGGAGCAAACGAGAGCGGCAAGGCCAUUUUUGCCGAUGCCGCCUCCAACUUGCACGAUGGCGAUGUGUCUGGCGCUGCAGCACUCGGAACUUAUGCCCUUACAAUGGAAUGCCUACUAAGAGAUAGCGCAGUCUCUGUCCGCGUCAUGUUCGACUCGCAGGUCAUCACCAAUCAUGAAGUUCAGCGAUUUUCUGCGCAGUAUGAGCACAUUGUACGACAACUGUGCGACGAAAACAACGCUACUCGUAAGCUGGAGGACGUCAAUGUGACCAGCCAAGACGACCUGCAGAGGAUUUGGGGCUGGAACCAGACUGUUCCUGAAACUGCAAACCUGUGCGUUCAUGACCUAAUCCAAGAGACUGUCAAACGGCAACCACAUUCGCCCGCUGUCAGCGCCUGGGAUGGUGACUUUGUCUACGCUGAGCUCGAUGGCCUGGCGACCAAGUUGGCAUUCCGACUGACGGAGCUUCACGUCGCUGGCACAAUUGUACCUCUUCUAUUUGAAAAGUCGAAGUGGACUCCCGUCGCCAUGUUAGCGGCGAUGAAGGCUGGCGCCGCAUUUGUUGCCCUAGAUCCAUCUCAGCCCGAGGAGCGUCUCCGUACCAUUGUGGCUCAAAUCAACGCCACCGCGAUUAUUUCCUCUGCGCGCAACUCGUCUUUUGCACAAAACCUUAGCUCGGCUGAGAAUGUUGUCCUAGACUCACAAUCCUCCCGCGCCUUAAAGCAUUACAAAGGCCAGCUUCCGACCGUGGACCCUUCAAGCCCUCUGUACUUGAUCUUUACAUCUGGUUCUACGGGCACCCCAAAAGGAGUCAUGAUAUCCCAUUCGAAUUUUAGUAGUGCCAUCUUACACCAGCAGGCAGCCCACGGAUUUCGGCCUACUUCUCGAGUAUAUGACUUUGCGUCAUACGCUUUUGAUGUUAGCGUAUCUAACUUCUUCCAUACCUUUACAAUCGGCGCGUGUCUAUGCGUGCCUUCUGAUGAAGACCGACGGGACGAUCUGGCCGGCUCCAUCCAAAGACUCGGAGUGACACAUGCAGAUCUCACGCCGUCCACUGCUGCGGUCCUUUCAGAAGGAGCACUCAAGAGCCUGACGACGCUGGUGUUGGGCGGCGAGAAGCUCUCUGCUGACAACGCGCGUUACUGGUCGGGCCUGGUGGCACUCAAGAACCCGUACGGUCCAAGUGAGUGCACACCAACUGCGACCCUUCAGCAUAUUACACCAGACGACACCUUUACUGCAAGCAUUGGCAAAGGUCUUGGACUGAAUACCUGGGUGGUUGAUACCGCUUCAGGGCAGACGCUCGUUCCGAUCGGAGCUGUUGGAGAAUUGAUACUCGAAGGGCCCCUCGUCGGCUUGGGAUAUCUCAAUGACGAAAUGAAGACGAAGGAAGCAUUCGUCGAUGAUGCUUUAUUCCUCACGAAAGGAGCCCCUGGCUACGCUGGCCGCGCAGGAAGACUAUAUAGGACCGGUGAUUUGGUCCGCUAUAAUGCAGACGGCAGUCUCAGCUUCGUUGGAAGAAAAGAUGCCCAAGUCAAGAUCAAUGGCCAACGAGUGGAACUUAGCGACAUUGAGAGUCACAUCUCUCGUCACCCGAACACACGCCAAGCUGCAUGCGCAUAUCCAAAGAGUGGACUAUGCGCCAACAAAGUAGUUGGUUUCUUUAGCCUUUCGGGUGUUAGUGACUCUUCAAGUGAAAGCGGCAUUGAGCUUCAAUCCUAUGCUCAUAAGCAGGCAGUCAGUGCUCACAUCGAUGCACUCGAGGUCCUGUUGCGCGAGGCGCUGCCUGCCUAUAUGGUGCCAUCUCUUUGGGUUCCUCUCAAAGAAUUGCCUCUGUCAACAUCCGGGAAACUUGACGCUAAGCGCCUGCGUCAAUGGAUUGAACAGGCUGACGAAAUGACAGUGUCAUCGCUAGCCAGCUUCGCCAGGACCGCCGCAGCAUGGCGCGAGCCUGCCACAGAGCUAGAAAAAGUCCUUUGUUCUGCUUGCAGUACCAUUCUCAACAUUCCAGCAGAUGCCAUCAACUUGGACAAGUCAUUCAUUGCGAACUCUGGCGACUCGAUUUCCGCCAUGCGUCUUAGUGCGCACUGUCGCGCCGCAAAUGUCACAUUUUCUGUUGCACAAUUGCUGAGGAGCAAGUCGCUCGCGAUCUUUGCCGCCACUGGAAUGCAGACAGCUUCCGUGAAACCGACUUCAUUUACGGAAGAAGAAAACAAGAAUUUCAGCCUUUCUCCGAUCCAGCGCUGGUUCUUCGAUCAAGUGGCACACAAGCGCGAUUCGGCAAAGAAUGCUUGGUGCAACCAGGGCUUUUACGUCAAGCUUGGUCAGCAGUUAUCAAGCGAAACCAUGGCUAGCGCUCUGGACAGUCUUGUUCAACACCACUCGAUGCUCCGAUCACGUUUCCAGCACGUGGAAGGGAGAUGGAUGCAAUUCGUCCUACCGCACGGCAACGGAAAAAACUUUAUGUAUUCUCAUUCUCAUGUGUCAAGCUUGUCUGAGUUAGGCAGUCUGACAAUGAGGCGUCAUGGGGAGCUCGACCUAGAGAACGGUCCGGUUUUUUCGGCCGAUUUCUGUACACUGGGUGACGAUUCGACAGACACAUACCUUAUACUCGUCGCACAUCACCUUGUCAUCGAUUUGGUAUCCUGGCGUAUUAUGCUAGAAGAUCUCGAGACUAUUCUAUCUCGCGGCAGGCUUCUAUCCAGCUUGCCAUUUCAGACCUGGAAUGAUCUGCAAACAGCCCAUGCUUCGACGCUUAGUCCAGACUCCGUUCUCUCAACGACAAACAUACACAACAGCAUUGAUUUCUGGCAGUUGCCCCUCGAGAGAGUCAACACUGUUGAAGAACACAGCGUGCGAACAGUCUCUGUGGACAAGGACAUUACAGCCUAUAUACUGUCCGCGGCCAACGACGCAUUGAACACCGAGCCAGUAGAGAUUCUGAUGGCUGGGGUAUGGAAUGCAUUCUUUGCCGUCUUCUCAGAUCGCACCAAUUUGACCAUAUUUAGUGAAGGCCACGGGCGCGAACCGUGGUCCAUGGACGUGGAUAUUUCUCGAACUGUGGGCUGGUUUACCUCCAUCAGCCCCAUCAAUCUUCCGCGGAGUGCGGCAGUUACCAAUUUGGGGCUACUCAGGUACAUAAAAGACGCGCGCCGUCGUCUUCCGGCAAACGGUUGGGCAUACUUUGCCUCCAGGUACCUGAAUGAGCAGGGAAGGCAGGCUUUCGAAAGACAUGGCAGUAUGAUGGAGAUGACAUUUAACUAUCAUGGCCAGUUCCAGCAGCUGGAAAAAGACGACGCACUUUUCUCCAAUGUCACACUCAGCAACGUUCAAGAGCAAGGCCCUCUACUUCCUGCUUCGUCGCUAUUCGGUAUUGAGGUGUCUCUGGAAGACGACAUGGCAGUGUUAUCUGUGUCUGCCAAUCGCUACAUCGCCCAUCAAGAAAUGAUUAAAAGCUGGAUUGAUCAUAUUCCCACGGCUCUUCGCUCAAUUUGCAAGGAGCUUCAGACAUACUCUGGACCGCCUCAGACCCUAUGUGACUACCCCUUCUUGGACCUUGAUUAUCAGAGUCUUGUGACACUUCAGGAAACAGUGAUUCCCGCCGUGGAACUAGCAAAUGGCUUCAAAGUUCAAAACGUUCUCUCAUGCACCCCGACAGUUGACGGGAUUCUGAUCAGUCAAAUCAACUAUGCGGGAUCCUAUAAAACGAUGCAGCGCUUCCGAAUCACAUCCGAGUCGACAGACAUCAUCAGUCUAGAGUAUCUCGCAGAUGCUUGGCAAAAGGUUGUGGAUCGCCAACCCGGCCUCCGCGCGGCAUUUGUUCCCGCUCUUGACAGUGCUUCGGCAUUCUACCAGGUCGUGCUCGAAAAGCAUAUCGCAAAUGUGAUUCUGGUGGAGGAUACUGUCAUUGAUGAAGCAAGUGCGUCAGAUUGGCUGGACCGCUUGGAACCCUUUGAAUACCCUGAAAACUGCCCUCCCCACCGCGUGGUGCUCUGCCGCAUUUCAUCAAGCGAUGUCAUAUGCCAAAUGGAGAUGAGCCACGCAAUCACUGACGGUGCCUCGACCUCAAUCCUGCAGAAGGACUGGGCCGAUGCGUACGCUAACAAUCUUUCAACUACUAACCUAGCUGCGACUACCGAAGCAUUCUCGCAACAUUUUUCAUCUGUCCCCAAGAGUGCGAAGGAUGUGUAUUGGCGAGACAAGCUUCACGGAACUGAGCCAUGCCAUUUUCCACCCAUUUCAUAUAAUGCCGAAGACUCGCAUGCUCUCGUCUCGACUUGUGAAAUCAAUGGAGAAUUGUUGCGUGCUAUUGAGGCGCACUGUGGAACGCUCGGUAUUACGGUCGCCAGCUUUUUACAGACGGCCUGGGCGCUGAGUCUUGCUUCCUACACAAAGACCGACUCUGUUGUAUUUGGCUACCUGGCUUCAGGUAGAGAUGUUCCAAUUCCUGGAAUAGAUGAAGUCGUUGGAGCAUACACCAAUAUGCUUGUUAGCCGCGUCGCUAUAGACUGCCAGGAGUCAAGCAACAGCUUGCUUCGCGCUGUGCACGACCAAACCAUGGAAGACCUCGGUUAUCAACACAGUUCUCUUGCUAGCGUGCAACACGAACUGCUUGCUUCCUCUAAAGAAGCACUAUUUAAUAGUAUCGUGUCAUAUCAACGUCAAGUUGAGAGCCCUUCAGACAUUGGCAAUCACAUUAGCAUAACUGUUCUGGACGGAGAAGAUCCCACAGAGUAUGACCUUGUCGUCAAUAUAAGCCACGGAAAGAGUAAUGUGGAAAUCCUGCUCGAUCACAAGUCCGAUCAUUUGGCCCAGAAUCAAGCCAGCCGACUCCUAUCUCUGCUUCUCAAAUUUUGCUCGGCAUUGAGUAGCGAGUUCGCCCUCAAAGAUUUAGCGUCUUGCAGCGACGAAGACGCUGCCGAUAUAUGGCAGUGGAACAGCACUGUACCUACGACUGUCAACCGUUGCGUCCAUGCCUUGAUCGCAGAAACGACCCUGUCGCGACCCCAAUCCACAGCUAUUGACGCAUGGGAUGGUACUUUUACAUAUGACGAGCUGGACAAGCUAACGACUCGAUUGGCAAAGAACCUUGCGUGCCUUGGAGUGACCACUGGACACGUGGUGCCUUUGUGCAUUGAAAAGUCUCGCUGGACAGCCGUUCUCAUGCUGGGCGUUAUGAAAGCCGGCGCCGCGUCGGUAGUCUUGGACUCAGCUCAGCCUGAGGAUCGGUUGCAGGGCAUUGUCGAGCAGGCGAAUUCGACUGUAAUUCUAUCCUCAGCAAGAAGCCACGAUAUUGCAAGCCGACUUGCACGCCCCGGAACCGUGGCCAUCCCCGUCAGCGACACACUCUUUGCAACAUUGGCCGAGUCUAUAGAGCCUCUACCAGCUGUUUCGCCUUCUGACAGCAUUUACGUCGUUUUCACUUCGGGAAGCACUGGUGUACCGAAGGGAGUUGUUGUUACACAUGCCAAUAUUGCUAGUGCAAUUCACCACCAACGCUCAAGUCUUCAGUUUGAUGAGCAAUCGCGAAUCUUGGACUUCUCAUCCUACAUGUUUGAUGUUGCAUGGUGCAACCUCCUACACGGCUUGUCAGCGGGCGGUUGCGUCUGUAUUCCUUCCGAUGAAGAUCGCAAAGGCGACAUCAUGUCUGCAAUAUCUCGAUUCGAAGUCAACAGCGUGAUCCUGACACCAUCGGCACUGCGCGGCCAUGAUCUCGACGCCCUCAAUGGGCUAAGGAGUCUCCAUUUCAUUGGCGAACCCCUUCGCUCCGAAACGUUUGCAUCUGUGCAUCCAUCGGUUAACGUGACCAAUUUGUACGGCCCUACGGAAUGCACUACGUUUUCAACCAUGGCGCCGGUGGUGGGCAGAGACGCAAGUUAUAUAAGUGUCGGCUUUGGAUCUGGCCUCAAUACUUGGGUUGUCGACCCGACAAGUGGCAACUCUCUCGUCCCUAUUGGCGUAACGGGUGAGUUGCUCUUGGAGGGGCCUCUAGUGAGCGCUGGCUAUCUAGGAGACGAAGCUAAGACCAAUCUUGCAUUUGUCGACAGCCCCAGAUUUAUUCAAGACUUUGGCCGGGUUGGUCGGCUGUACAAGACGGGAGAUCUUGUUCGCUACGAUGCUUCCGGCGCACUGGCCUUCCUCGGAAGAAAAGAUGCUCAAGUCAAAAUCAAUGGCAUGCGAGUGGAGCUUGGCGAUAUCGAAUCCGGUGUCAAGUCUUGCCUUGUGCAAGACUUUGGCAAUAUUGACGUGGUUGCAGAAGUUGUCACGCCGCAGGGCACGUCACAUGCCAUGCUCAUUGCCUUUGUAUGCUUCGGCACAGAGCUAGCCAAGGAAAUGGAUGCGGAUACGCUAAAGAGUUUCACACAUGAAGCGACAAAGCAUCUGCGCGAUGUUCUCACUGCUAGAGUGGCGGCGCACAUGAUUCCCUCCGCCUACAUACCACUACAACAGGUCCCCACCACCGCCAGUGGGAAAACAGACAGGCGUCGUCUGCGGGAGAUGGCAAAUGCUUUAUCGUGGGAACAGCUUCUAUCAACACAGUCCGAAAGUCGACGAAUGCCCGAUACAUACAUGGAGCGCCAGAUGCAAGAACUGUGGUCCAAGGUUCUUGAUGUCGAGCCUAGUCUCAUCGGGGCGGACGACAACUUUCUUCGGAUUGGAGGUGAUUCUGUCGGCGCGAUGCGGUUGGUCGGAGCGGCUCGCGAGGCUGGAAUGAUUCUCUCUGUUGCUAAUAUCCUUCGCAACCCCAAACUGAGCGACAUGUCUCUCUUGACAACUACCCAACGCCCAGAGGCUGUAUCGAUAGUAGAUGCUUUUUCUCUCAUGAGGCCAUUCGAGGGCGAACUCGCUACAAUGAUUGAAGAAGCCGCAAUGGCCUGCCAUCUACGACCAGACGACAUUGUAGAUAUGUAUCCCUGCACGCCUCUCCAGGCAGGUUUACUCGCGCUCACAGCACAACGCGCUGGAGAUUAUAUUAUUCGGUGCGCACUGGAGCUGAAGUCGGACUGUGAUGUUCUGCAAUUCAAAAAAGCGUGGGACUCCGUCGUCAGCAGUACUCCCAUUCUGCAGACUAGAAUCGUCGACUUGACGGGGAAAGGACUUACACAGAUUUCCGUCAAGUAUACUCCGGAGUGGAACACAGAUGCUUCUGCCGCAUCGCUCCGUGAUUACACAGAGAAGGAAGCAGAAGACGAGUUUGCGCUCGGCUCUCCGUUGGCGAAAUAUGGCUUGUUGACAGCGGAUGGCAAAACCUACUUUAUGCUUACCCUCCACCACGCCGUCUAUGACGGUUGGUCUCUAAAUCUGAUCUUUGAUCGGCUCGAGAAAGCAUAUGGCGCCGAAGGUUUUGACAACGCCCAUCAGUUUAACUCCUUUGUCAAGUAUAUUCAAUCAGUUGACAAGUCGCAAUGUGCGACAUUCUGGGACGCUCAGCUAUCCGACUCUGAAGCGCAAGCGUUCCCAGUACUUCCAUCGUCGUCGCACCAGCCAAAGACUGAUCAAAGGAUACUGCACGAAAUUGAAUCGUUGAACUGGGAAAACAGCGCUGUCACACCUUCUUCCGCAAUUCGUGCUGCCUUGGCCAUUCUAGCGUCGACGUACAUGAGUUCACCCGACGUCAUCUAUGGAGCAACCACCACCGGUCGACAAGCUGCGGUUCCUGGUGUCGAGUCAAUGAUUGGCCCUGCCAUUGCAACGGUGCCGGUUCAUAUUUCUGUUCCUGCGGAUGCGCUUGUGACUAUGUUCCUAGCAAUGGUUCAAGAGCAGUCGAUUGAGAUGACCAGCUACGAGCAAAUGGGUCUCCAAAAUAUACGACGGCUAAGUGCGGCAGCGGAGCGACUGUGCGAUUUCCAGACUCUUCUGAUCGUUCAGCCAGCCGAUGAAAGUGCCGAGUGGCAUAGUAAAGUCAUCGUUCGUGAUGUGUACGAAUCGGGCUCCCACGACAACGACGCCCAGCAAGAGUCUGAGACCUAUGCACUGACACUAGAGUGUCUUUUGCGCAAAGAUUCUAUCAAAAUCAAGAUGAAUUUCGACUCAUAUGUGAUGGAUGAUCUGCAGGGGUGGCGCUUUCUCCGUCAGCUGGAGCAUGUUAUUCGACAGCUGUCCGACCCUCAGCCUGGACAGCGCGUCUGCGACAUAUCUUGUUUCAGUGAGCAGGAUUCCAGCGAAAUCUGGAAAUGGAACGCUUCCGUCCCAGAGACUGUCAGCAGUUGCGUGCACGAACUCAUCGUGGACAGUUGCUGUCAGCAUCCAGAAUCCCAAGCCGUGUGUGCCUGGGACGGUAAUUGGACAUAUUCUGACCUGGACCGCCUCUCUACGCAAGUGGCUCACCAUUUAAUCGAGCAAGGCGUACGUCCUGGUCAUAUUAUUGCCCUGGUGUUUGAAAAAUCCAAGUGGAUGCCUAUCGCAAUGCUCGGUGUCAUGAAGGCCGGUGCUGCCUCGGUCGCUGUUGACGCUAGCCAGCCUCUCGACCGGCUUCGCUCCAUCAUCAGCCAAGUAAAGGCGCCGAUCAUUUUGUGCUCCUAUUUGAAACGAGAGCUCGCUUCUACACUGAGUGACAAACAAACCCUUGUCAUAGGGGCUGCCCUAGUAGCCAACAUGUCGCAAGACAAGUUGCAAAAGCCGCUGCCUACCGUUUCACCCGCAAAUCUGCUCUACCUGGUCUUUACGUCAGGUAGCACCGGAACCCCCAAGGGUGUUAUGAUUACACAUUCUAACUUCAGCAGCGCGAUUCGCCAUCAGAAGACAGCUCAGGGCAUUAUUCCAACGUCACGUGUGUUUGACUUUGCAUCAUACGCGUUCGACGUUGCCUGGGCUAACGUCUUGCUGACGUUUGAAGUGGGCGCAACGCUGUGUAUACCCUCUGACAGUGACCGAAAAGACGACUUGAACGGGUCCAUUUCCCGUUUGAACCCGACACAUGCAGACUUGACUCCAUCUGCUGCCCUUGUCCUAUCAGAUGAAUCUCUACGCAUACUGCACAGCCUUACACUUGGCGGAGAGCGCCUUACUGCUGCGUACGCAGAACAAUGGGCCGCGUUCCCUAAUCUCACGGUGAAGAACUCAUAUGGACCCAGCGAAUGCACUCCUACUUCAACUUUUACGGAAGCCAUUACUCCAAGUAACGUUCAGAGCAAUAGCAUCGGCCACGCACAUGGACUGAACACUUGGGUUGCCGACGCGGCCACGGGCCAGUCUCUGGUCCCAAUUGGUGGCAUUGGAGAGCUUCUGCUUGAAGGACCGCUACUCGGAAGCGGAUACCUUGGUGACCCCGACAAAACCAACUUGGCAUUCAUUUCCAACCCCAAGUUCCUGCUCAACGGCCCACUAAGUCAACACCGCCACGGACGCGUCUAUCGCACUGGAGAUAUUGUCAGGUACAAUUCUGACGGUACCGUAGCGUUCGUUGGGCGCAAAGACGCACAGGUCAAGAUCAAUGGCCAGCGUGUAGAGCUAAGCGAAAUUGAGAGCCAUAUCGGUCGCUAUGAGGCUACCCACCAAUGUGUCAUUGUACUCCCAACAAAAGGUCUCUGUGCUAAACGCCUCGUCUGCGUUGUCCAGUUCAAAGAUAUUCCUUCCGAAGAUACCGUCUCAGCACGAAGUGUACAGUUGGUAGCCUCGAAGUAUGAUGACAUCGUCUCGUCUCAUCUUAUGGCGCUUCAAGACCAGCUUCAAACUUCUCUUCCACGGUACAUGAUUCCAACGAUUUGGGUGGUAACCGCAACACUCCCGAUGACUGCCUCGGGAAAGCAAGACCGCAUGUCAGUCAACACUUGGGUGGCUGAGAUGAAUCCAGAAGUGUUUGCGAGAGUCAACAGUUCCGGAAACGAAGCCGCUGUACGAGAACCAGUCACAGAAAUGGAACGCAUUAUCCAAGAAGCAUGCAGCGCUGUUCUUAAUGUGCAGCCUGACAAGUUGAACUUUGCUCAGUCAUUCAUUGCCAAUGGAGGCGAUUCCAUCUCUGCUAUGCGCUUAGCUUCGCAGCUUCGAGUCGCCAAUAUCGCAUUCUCCGUUGCCGAGCUGCUUCAAAGCAAAACAUUGGAAGACUUUGCGCGCUCCGCCAAGAGAACCACAUUGGACUCAGCUACGUACAGUGAGAAGCACGAUACACUCUUUCCUCUCUCGCCCAUUCAGCAGUGGUACUUUGACCAAGACCCGCCCAGCCGCUCUGAGGGGGCAGAAACCUUCUAUAACCAGGGCUUCUACGUCAAGGUAACGCGAGGUGUUCCUACCGAUGAAAUUAUGGCGGCUUUUGCGAAGCUGGUAGAAAAUCAUUCCAUGCUGCGCGCCAGAUUUGAGCAGCAAGCCGGGGUGUGGAAGCAGCGCAUUGUUGCCGCUUCCGAAGGCGUAUAUGGUGUCGGUCUCGCAUCUUACAAGUCGCUGGAUGCCAUCCGCGAUCUCGCACAAGCGAGGCACCGCAGCAUCGACAUUGAACAGGGCCCUGUGUUUUCCGCUGAUAUUUGCGACCUGCACGGUGACCAAUACUUGGUACUUAUUGCGCACCAUCUGGUGAUUGAUUUGGUAUCCUGGCGCAUUAUACUGGAUGAUUUAAAGCUGCUAUUAGAGAGUGUUGACUUGCCAAAGGCAAUGCCGUUCCAGAUGUGGAACGAGCUGCAGAUCGAAAAGGCCCAAUCGCUUGUGCCGACGUCAACGCUGACAACCUCGGAAGCAUCUAACAAUCUCGGAUUCUGGGCAAGUGAAUCCCCAAAUCCCAUUCCCAACAAUAUGUUGGAUCACGACAUCAUGCAUAUCAAUGUUAGUGAAGAGACAACAAGCCUUGUUUUGGGAACUGCCAAUGCCUCUCUGAAAACGGAACCGGUCGAAAUUCUACUUGCCUCUAUCUGGCACUCAUUUCGGGCUUCCUUUCCCGAACGAGAGGGUUUGACAGUUUUCAACGAAGGUCAUGGUCGAGAGCCAUGGUCCGCCGAGAUUGAUCCAUCGCGCACUGUUGGUUGGUUUACCACUCUCAGCCCUCUGCAUGUCAGCUGUUUCUCCUCAGUCAUCGAGCUAGUUCGAACCGUCAAGGACGCCAGGAGACGACUCCCGUCCAAUGGAUGGGCCUAUUUUGCUUCGCGGUACCUCAAUCCCCGAGGACAGGAGGUAUUCGAGUCUCACAACACAGACAUGGAGGUUGUUUUUAACUAUCACGGACUAUUCCAGCAGCUCGAAGACAAAUCGGCCCUGUUUCAAGACGUUAAUCUUGAGGGUGUCUCAGAGCAAGGCUACAGCUGUCCAGCAUCCAGCUUCUUCAACAUCGAAGUUGCAAUCGAGAGAGGUCGGGCUUGCUUUGACUUUUCAUUCAACCGUCAUAUUGCUCAUCAGGGGCGCAUCAGGCAGUGGAUUGCCGGUAUUGACCACUCGUUGCAAGUUAUCUCCCGUCAGCUGGUGGACUCCAAGCCAUCACGCACUCUCUGUGAUUUCGAGCAUCUUGCACUCAAUUAUAGGACUCUCGACUUCAUGUCCAACGACAUUCUCGCAGAGAUUGAGUCUACAAAUCAGUCGUCAGUUCAAGAAGUGCUUCCAUGCUCACCAACAGUUGAUGGCAUGCUCCUGAGUCAAAUGAGAGAGGACAACGCUUAUAAAACCAAGCAACUCUACGAAAUAUCUGCUUUUUAUGGUCAAGCUAUAAGUGUGCAGAAUGCUCUACUAGCGUGGCAAAAGGUCAUCGCACACCAACCAGCAUUACGAACCGUCUUCAUCAACGGCCAAGAUGGUAGUUCUGCAUUCCAUCAGGUGAUUUUGGCAGAGUACAAGGGGAAUACCAUUCUCCUAUCAGCAAAGGAUGAUUUCGAAGCACUGCGGAAGAUACAAGGGAUCUCGAGCGUGGAAUAUCAACCGUCUGUGCCUCCACACAGGGCUAUUUUCUGUCAAACACCCGACAAGCUCUUCUGGCAGCUGGAAAUGAGUCACGCUAUAACAGAUGGCGCUUCUGCGAGCAUCCUAGAGCAGAACUUCAUCGAUUCACUUAAGGGACAAUCUUUCUCUACCAACAUGCUACCCACAAUGCAGGCAUACGCAAAAGUCUUAUCUAGCAGGGACAAGACCGCCAAUACUGCAUAUUGGACGACAAAGCUGUCAGAUAUGGAUCCUUGUCAGUUUCCGCGUCUCUCUGCUGUCACAGAAAAGGCCACUUUUCAGUCGGCGGAGCUCACCGUUUCCUUGGAACAAUCUCAGAUCUCCCGCAUCAUGCAAUUCUGCACAGCCUGUAUGGUGACGCCUGCUAGUCUGCUGAAGAGUGCCUGGGCCCUCACCUUGUCUGCGUAUACUGGCCGCCGCUCAGUUUGCUUCGGAUACCUGGCAUCCGGCAGAGACGUCGAUGUGCCGCAAAUACACGCGUCUGUUGGCGCAUACACAAAUAUGAUGAUUUGCCGGGCCGAAGUUGAUGAUGACUUCUCAGGCAAGUCUUUUGUGCAACAUACUCACCAACAGCUGAUGCAGGAUCUCAGCUACCAGCACAGCUCGCUUGCUACAAUUCAGCACGACCUUGGAGUCAGCCCCGAUCAGCAAUUAUUUGGGUCUAUUGUUUCGUAUCAGCGAGUUGUCGAAACUUCCAAUAACCAGGGCAGUGACUCCAUUAUUUUAAAGAGCAUUGAUGGUGACGAUCCAACCGAGUAUGCGAUUGGAUUGGGUAUAAACCAUGGGUCAACUGUGAUUGAACUUGACCUCAGCUACUCGCUCACGUACUUAACCGAGAAACAAGCUGCGCGGGUUCUGUCCCACAUGCAGUCAGCUAUCGAGGUCAUCAUCGAGGGCAGCCAGCCACUCUCACUCAGCUCGGAUGACUUGCAUGAUAUUUGGUCUUGGAACGCGGCUGUGCCGGAGACUCAGUAUAAGUGCGUGCACGACUCAAUUGCUGAGACGGCCGCAAGGCAGCCAGAUUCGGCUGCUGUCUGCGCCUGGGACGGCGACCUGACGUAUCAGGAACUGGAUACCUUGGCAACCCGCCUUGCCCAUCAUCUCAUUGAGCUCGGCGUAACGUCUGACGCCAUUGUUCCUCACUGUGUCGAAAAAUCGAAAUGGGCCUCUGUUGCAAUGUUGGCGGUAAUGAAAGCCGGGGGGGGCUCCGUCACUCUCGACGUGAACCAGCCGUUUGAGCGGUUAGAGUCAAUUGUCAACCAGGUCACUUCCCCGGUCAUAUUGGCAUCUCCCAGCCAGGUAGAGCUCGCCAGCAAGCUCCACGGCGCCAACGUGGUCAUUAUCAGUGACGCGCUGCUAUCCUGUAUACCUCAAGCGCACCACAUGCUUCUGCCUAGUGUGGAUCCAGCAUGCCGGCUUUACGUCAACUUCACAUCCGGCAGUACUGGCGUGCCGAAGGGUGUAGCAAUCUCUCACUCAAAUUACAGCAGUGCCAUCAAGCAUCAGCAAGCAGCACACUAUUUCAAACCUACCUCACGCGUGUUCGACUUCGCCUAUCAAUCCUUUGACGUGAGCUGGUCAAACUUUUGCCACACAUUUACCAUUGGUGCCUGUCUGUGUGUACCAUCCGAGGACGAAAGAAAAAACGACGCCGCUGGAGCCAUUCGCCGAAUGCGGGUAACUCAUGCGGACAUGACACCAAGUGCAAUCAGCACCUUGUCUCUGGAGACGCUGUCACAACUUGAAACAAUUGUGCUUGGCGGCGAGAAGUUGUCGGCAGAGAAUGCACGAGCAUGGUCGGCAGUGACCAAGGUGCUGAACCCAUAUGGGCCUUGUGAAUGUACCCCGACAUCAACAAUUACGGAGAUUGAUGCAACACAAGCCGCAUCAGGAAUUAUUCCAAUUGGAAGGGGACUUGGGUUGAAUACUUGGAUUGUGGAUGCGUCGGUGGGAGACAGCUUGGUGCCGAUUGGAGUAGUGGGAGAACUUCUUUUGGAGGGCCCCUUGGUCGGCGAAUAUCUUGGGGACAAUGCGAAUGCAACAAGCUUCAUUACCAGCGCGUCGUUCCUUGGCCGCGGCGCACCAGGACACCCAGGUCGUACCAGCCGAAUGUACAAGACCGGUGACUUGGUACGAUACAAUACGGACGGAACCCUGACUUUUGUCGGGCGCAAAGAUGGGCAGGUCAAGAUAAACGGCCAGCGUGUGGAACUCGGCGACAUUGAAUCCCACAUCGAAGCCUGCCUCACCAGUGGAGGUAUACAAGUGGUUACAGAAGUGAUUACUCCCACGGCCGUCAGGAAGUCGAUGCUGGUCGCUUUUGUAAUUGCGACUGGUGAGCAAUUGCGGGAUAUGGAUGAGGCUGGAUUCCAGGACUUUGUCAAGCAAGCCACACAAGACCUCGAGGAGCGCUUGGCUUUGCAGCUUCCGCCAUACAUGAUACCUGCGGCCUACAUCCCCAUUUUGUAUUCUCCUCUGACUGCAACUGGCAAAACUGAUCGCCGGCGGCUACGUGAAAUUGCCAGCGGCCUGACGCGCGAGGAUUUGGCCGCCGCGGGCGGUUCAACCCAGGAGUACCGCGAGCCCAGCGGCGCCUUAGAGAUGUCACUACAGCAACUGUGGUCUACCGUCCUUGACGUUGAGCCCUCUACUAUCAGUGCCAAUGAUGACUUCCUGAAACUUGGCGGUGAUUCCAUUAGCGCCAUGCGUCUUUCAAGAAGACGAUUUGGAUGCCCCACGGCACUCUAUGCUCAGCUUUAUGAGCUGGGCAUCGGCUCGGACACUGUUGAAGACAUACUGCCUGUCACUGACCAUCAGGCGCGUUGCAUUGCUCUCACACACUCGGCUAAUCGCAAUCUCCUGCUAUAUCAUACCAUGGACGGCAGCGGUGCACCCAACAUAAGCAAGCUGAGAGCAACGUGCGCCGCCCUAGUCCAACGAUAUGAUCUGCUGCGCACCGUCUUCGUCGCGCACAACGAUAUUUUCCUGCAGGUUGUUCUGAAAGAGAUUGAUGUCUACGUACCCGUGUUUACAAUCCAGAACGGAACCGACUUUGAUGCGCAGACAGAACAAAUUCGCAAACAUGAUCUCACCAUGCAAAUCCCAUAUGGGAGACCAUUGACGCGCAUCUCAAUCCUACACAACGUUGCACAGCAAACCUACAGAAUCAUUGUUCGCAUGUCCCAUGCCCAGCAUGAUGGCAUGAGUCUGGUCAAGAUGUGGGAUGCUUUCGAAGAGAUGUACAACGAAUCUCUAACCAGCACAAACCGUAUCAUCCCACGUUCCGAAGACAUUCGCAAGGCUAGCUUUUCAAACUAUAUGUUUUCGCUGUCUCGAAUGAACAAGGAAUCUGCUCUGGAAUAUUGGAGACGACUACUCGACGGUUCGACCAUGACUACCAUGACAAAGCCCGCUACGUACAAGCUGAGUUAUGGUGAAGGCCCAUCCAUGGCAGUCGAGAUACCCCGGUCUGCCGUAGAAGGCGGCGAAUUUACAUUCUCAACUAUUUUGAAAUCUGCAUGGGCAUAUACGCUUGCACACGCGACCGCAGAGGAUGACAUUGUGUUCGGCACCUUGACUCACGGCCGUGGUUUGCCUGGAGUAGACGAUGUCUUCGGAGCCUGCGUCAACAUUAUUCCCACGCGUGUGAAGUUUGGUCAAACAUGGACGGCGCGUGAUCUCGUCUCUUAUAUCAACGACCAGCAGAUUGCCAGCAUGAAUCACGAGAAUCUCGGCUCGCGCGAAAUUGUCCGAGCCUGCACGAACUGGGCCACUUGGGCCUUUGCCGGAACCGUCUUGUACCACCACAACUUCGAAGACUCAGUUGCUGCUGAGAAGGCGCGCGGCAUGCACGCGGAAGAAGACGUUGAUCUUGGGGUCGGGGAUCUUGACAUGGUCGACAUUCAUGUCACUUCGAAGGCGCACAAAGACUGCUACAGGAUCGAGCUCAGCUUCGGACCCGGGCUCUUCAGUGACGCGGAGGCGCAGAAACUCUCCUUCCGGCUGCGAGACACCAUCAUCCUCUUUUACAAAGCUAUGGAUACGCCCUUGCAGGCGCCGAGCCAGACGACAUACGCCAAGGCGCUGAGCUCGAAUGCAGACAAUCAUGCGAGGAAUAUCUCUAUAACCGAGGCCGAUGCUGUAGCAGCCCAAAACAACCCAGAUGCCGAAGCGGCGCUGCUACAGGCCUGGUCUGAAACACUCAACAGAUCAUUCGAAGCAUGGAGCACAUCGCCCCUGAACUUUUUUGAAAGUGGUGGCGAUUUAGUGUCGGCCAGUUUGCUGGCAGCGCAUAUGGAGCUCAAGGGGUACUCCUUGAGCGUAGAGGACAUUGUCCGGUACCCGGACUGGAACGCUCAAUUAUCCAUUAUUGAACGCUGUUGA